AUGAAGCGAAUUGUGAGAAUAUCGGUCACGGACGCGGAGGCGACCGACUCAUCAAGCAGCGAGGACGAGCAGCCGGGCACCACCCAAUCGCGAUUUCACCGCCGAGGGAAGAAGCUCGUCAGAGAGAUCGUCAUCGACCACCCUUCCGAUUCCGCCAACAACCCCGAGGUCGGAAAGACAAAGACUCGGUUUAAAUUCAAGAUUCCGGCGAAGCUUCUAGCUGCCAAGGGGGAGAUUAAGAAGUUCCGCGGCGUGAGGCAGAGGCCGUGGGGGAAGUGGGCGUCCGAGAUCAGGUGCGGCAAAACUCGCGGCGGACCUCGCAACGGAAGACCUCUCCGUCUCUGGCUUGGGACCUUCGACACCGCCGAGGAAGCUGCUCUCGCUUACGACAACGCCGCGAUUCAGCUGAUUGGACCCGACGCGCCUACCAAUUUCGGUCUCCCUAAGGUGGAAGAAGAAUCUCCGGCGACGAAGCAAGACUCCGAUGCUGGCGCCUCCUCGUCUUCCUGA